AUGCCAACCAGCCUGCCAAUCAACACCCUUAAGGGCACAUGGACCCGCCUUCUCGACACAGAACGUCUUCGUCGCUCUUCGCAAGUCCUGUCAGUGGUCAACCAGAAAGUAUGCAUAUUCGGUGGGGAAGUGAAGCCCCGAGAGCCUGUAGACAACAAGAUCGACAUUUUCUCUCUGCAGCCUGAGACAACCACCCUCGAAACAAAGUCUACAUACACAGCACCCAGCCCACGUGUUGGGAGUGCAUCGGCAGUUAUCAAUGGGAAAAUGUACAUCUUCUCUGGUCGUGGCGGUACCGACAUGGACGCCAUAGAAGAAGCUGGCGCUGUCUGGAGUUUCGACCCAGCAUCAUCUUCAUGGUACAAGAUUACUCCAGCAGAUGCCUCGGCGGCCUAUCCACCUGCACGAAGCUAUCAUUGCUCGACCAGUGAUGAUCAAAAGUUGUUCUUCCUGCACGCCGGAUGUCCUGCAAAGGGGCGUCUUUGUGAUCUGUGGCAGUUCGAUGUCAAAGAGCGCACAUGGACCCAGCUCCCCGAUGCCCCUGGGCCCCAGAGAGGUGGUACAUCAAUCGCGCAUAACAACGGCAAGCUGUUCAGGAUGAAUGGUUUCGAUGGAACCACUGAAGUAGGCGGAAGCAUUGAUAUCUUCGACAUCUCUAGCAACACCUGGAGCACGAAGACCUUCAAUGCUGACGGCAACGACGGGCCUGAAGCACGAAGUGUCUGUAUCCUUCUGCCUGUACGUCUUGCCCGUAAAGACAAGCUCAUCACGCUGUUCGGUGAACGAGAUCCUUCAUCCCUCGGACACGCAGGGGCAGGCAAGAUGCUGAAUGAUGCGUGGAUCUACGAUAUCAGCGAAAACUGGUGGACCAAAUUGCAUCCUACUGGCUCUGAUGGCGUGCCUGAUCCGCGUGGUUGGUUUGAUGCAGAUGUUGUCAAGGCCGAGACUGGUAAUGACAGCGUUGUGAUCCACGGUGGACUAGGCGAGAACAAUGAGAGGUUGAUGGACGUAUGGCAUCUCACUUUCUAA